ACAAAAAAUAAUUAAAAUAGCAUACUUUGAACAAAUAAAACUUGACUUGGAAAUAAACCACUAUCCCAAUUAACAUUUACUUAAUGUUAAUUGGAUUAUUUUUUUAAUCUAUGGUAGGGCUAUACAACCUCUUUAGUUAUUUCAUAUAUGUACUUUAUUUUUCACACUUAACACUGAAAAAUAAAAAAGUACAUCUGUUUUUGUGGCAUUUACAAAAAUGUCAGCUUCAUCAAAAUUAAUAAUUCAGAAAUUUGAAGCAUCUGGUGGUAAUGUUAAAUCUUUACAUAUUACAUUUGAAUACGAAGAUAAUUCGUCGAAUAUAAAAUACAGUGAGUGGUUGGAUGGUAAAUUACAAGAGAAAAAGAAAGAUACCGACAAGUCGUCACGCUUAGUAGUGAAAAUCGUUUCAGGAAAAGAGACUGAUAAAUUUAAUUUAGAUGAAAGUGCCAAAGAAGUUGAUUUGCCAGAAACAUACAUAAACAAUUAUUUUUCUGAUACUUCGACACAAUACAAACCUGAACUAACACAUAACUUAAGUGAAAAAGCUCAAAGCUUAGAUUGUUACCAUGAAGAUGAAUCAAGAGACACAUUAAUAGCUAAUCCAUCAACAUUUCCAAGUAAUACACAUUUCGAAAAUGAGUUACCAUUACAAUUAUAUUUAAAGAAUAAAUACAAAUUAAGUAAUCCAGAAAAUUAUUUGAGUCCUUUAGAACAUAGUCUUGAAAAAGUGAAAGAGAAUAAUGCACGCAUUAUGGAAAAUAUUCACAUGCUCAACAGAACCCUAAACUAUACUAAGAAGAAAGAAAUACUUGACAUUGUUUACCCAAAAUCUAUAAGACCAUUUCCUUGUAGCACCUGUGGCAAAUGUUUUGUUUAUGAAACUGGUUUGAGAAGACAUUACUCAAUGAGACAUGCAAUGACAGAGGUGCAACCACGUUGGCAAGUGGUGUGGACCUGCAUUCAGUGCUUUCAAGUCUGGCCUCGCCAAGAUCAAGCUUUAAAACAUUCUAGUGAAUGUUGUAAAUCAAAUAAUACUGAUUGUGUUCGAGAGAUCAAAACCUCUUCAUUGCUGCAAUGUGAAUUUUGUGAAAAAGUUUUUACAAGCAUUCCUAGACUACUUCGGCACUCUAAAAUUCAUACAACUGCUAACAAUUAUGAGUGCAAUGCUUGUGGAAUGGCAUUUGUGUCAUAUAAAACAGCUGAACAACAUUGGUUGAUAUGUCCAUGGUUAAAUAUGUAUUACAGUUUUUCACUGCCAAAACUAUUGCUUUGUAAUGCAUGUGAUCGUAAAUUCAGGAAUUAUGAACAAUUGUACAAUCACAGAUAUAAAGUGGGUCACUUCAUGACUAAAACACAUUGUAAUCAAGACAACAGUAAAUCUUUGGGAAUAUUGGUUUAUCAGUGUGAAAUCUGUGGGCAGUGGUAUGCCUCCAUAGCUCCACUGAAAGCACACAAGAAUCAAUACCAUCCCAAACAUGAUGCAGGGAUACCAGGCAGAGUGGAUAAGGCAAUUACAGAAAAUGCCAACUAUUAUGUUUCAAAUGAAAAUGAUGUAUGUCAAUCAAAAUGAAGAAAUUAUUAAGCCUAAAGAAGAUUAAUAAUUGUAAAAAUAACCGUAGUUGGAAAAGUUAUUUAGUAUUGUAAUAGGUAUUUUUGUUAAUAAAAUAAUAAGUAUAACCAGAA